AUGGCUGACAUCGACGAGGACAAGCUUCCCUUGGACUUCGACGACUGUGAAUGGUUGGACGUGUGGAUGGCGUCGCAUGAAGUUGAUCAGAAGGCCCUUGGGGCCUUCGCGGCUUCCACAGGGCUGGAAGAUCCGUUCCUGUCUGCGAUGCUGUACAAGGUGCUGGGUCUGUCAGUGAUGCUUUCCAAGAAGCUUCUUCGUGCACGACGACUGCGACGUUUAGAUCCGACUCGAGAAACGAGAUCCCUUCAGAUGUACCAUCACAUCAUAUGGCUUUCGCGCGAAGGUCUCUUAAUUCUGGAAGAGUUUGUUCUUCCAAUGGUCGAAGCGUAUGUGGAGUUGAAGGUCCUGGCGCAUAAACUCCGAGCUUCGUUUUAUCAUAUUUUUGUUUUGUUCCACAAUCAACCGGCUGUUCACUCCCCCGGUAUCAUCGGUCUCCCGGCAAAUGGUGCUACGAUAAGUGGCACAGGAUCCGGGGUACUGUCUCAGGAGCCAGGGACAAGGCUUUCUUUCAAAUCAAAACCAGAGAUACUACCCGUACCAGUAGAACUGGCAUCUCGCUGGGAACGUCUAUCGGCAGGAAGAGUCACCCAGCAUCCUCCGGGUCUUGCGCCUGUUCAACCGCCUAAACCGGCAGCAUCGUUUCUUCUUCCGUUGCAGGAUUAUACUACAACUGCCACGGCCUGUUUCAACCAUGCCGCCACGUUAGCGGAACGAAUGCUACCGGGAUCCCAUCCCCUGCGACUGUCCGUCAAGCUCGAAUAUGCCGCCUACAUCCACGACUGUUUGCAUGACCCCACCGCCUGCCGACGGCUAGCAAAGCAGGCAAUUGCCGAUGUAUACAAUGCCCGGGAAGGUAUGGACGAUGAGAGCUUCGAAGAUGCCGCCGAGAUUGUCAGGGUUCUAGGGCGGAUGGUCAAGCGCGGCGGCAAAACAAGCAGUAGCGGCGGCAGCACCACCCAGACAGGAACCCCGCGUGGAGACAAAUCUAGGAGUGAGGGGAGUGAAACUUCGCAAACGAGGAGGGGCACGGCUACGACGACUACGGCUACAACAACUACGACAAUGGUGUCGCCUAAGUCCGAGACACCAGCGACGAUGACGAAUCGUUUAUGA